AUGGAUUCUUCUGUUGGUACAUCCCUCGUCAGGGGUGUCUGGGCCGCAAUGGCCAUUGCCGUGAUUAUCGUCGCCCUGCGAGUAUAUGCGAAGAUCAAGAUUCACCAAUUCCGCGCCGAUGAUGUCUUGAUGAUUAUUUCUAUGAUUCUAGCCGUCAUCGCGACCGUCUUCCUGAAUCUUUCCGUACAUCAUGGAUUUGGUCGAAAUCUCGAAGUCAUGAUAGAGGAGGGAUACAGUUCCGAUGUUCAUGCCGUGCUAAAGUACAUUGCCAUCCAAGUUCCUAUCGUCACUAUCAGCACCACCAUCGCUCGUUGCGCCUUCAUUCUAUAUCUUCUGGCCAUUCUCGGAAACAACAAAACCUACCGAUAUGCGUUGUGGACGGUGAUGAUCUGGCAGCUCGCUGGCAACAUUGUCUCUGCCGUUUUGCCUCUGAGUAUCUGUCGCAAUGUCAACAUCCUGUGGGACUGGACUGUCCAAAACCCCAACUGCGGCAAUACCAUCGCCGUCAUCCAGUUUGCCUAUUACUCCAACAGCGCAAACUCGGCUUGUGAUUUGUUUUUGGCUGUCUUUCCCACACUCAUUUUCUGGAACCUCAACUUGAAAAUGCGUGUCAAGAUUGGUUUGAUCGUCCUCCUCAGUUUGGGUAUAAUUGCCAUGGUCGCCUCCAUCAUCAAAACUACCAAACUCACCUCCGUCCCCGGCGUCACCAACCUCGGCGCCACCGGUGGUCUCGAACUCUUCCGCUGGGGCUACGUCGAGAACUCAAUCAUCAUCAUCACCUCCUCCGUACCCUGCAUUCGCCCCUUGAUCAUGUCCUCAGUUCGCAAAUUCUCUAGCCGCGGCUACUCGCGCUCCUACGAGCUCACGGGACCCCAAACCGGCCAGCGUCGCACGGGACACGAAGAGACCCUACAAACCCGUCGCAAUCGUAGUCGUUUCACAAAUAAGAAUGACACAAUCGACGACACAGGUAGUGUUGAGCGUAUCUUGAGCCCUGGUAACGGCCACGUCAAUACCACUGUCAGCGGACGACGGGAUUCACCGACUCAUGAGGAGCAGGGGAUCACGAAGUUUGUUGAGAUUUCGGUCAUUUCAGGUGAUCAGUUUGAUCGACGAAACCCAUGA